AUGAUUCCUCCGGGGGAAUGCCUCUAUGCUGGGAGGAAAAGGAGGAAACCCAUUCAGAAACAAAGGCCUGCAGCUGGAAAUGAAAAAUCAAAUCCUUCAAAGAGGCACAGGGACCGCCUAAACGCAGAACUAGACCAUCUGGCCAGCCUCCUGCCUUUCCCACCCGACAUAAUAUCCAAGCUGGACAAGCUGUCUGUGCUGCGCCUUAGUGUCAGCUACCUGCGAGUCAAAAGUUUCUUUCAAGCCAUUCAAGAAAAGCACUUUAAGAAACAAGUUGGUCAGACAAUAAAAGAAGAUAAUGUAUCUAACAAGACUGCUGUCCAGGAAGGUGGACUUCUACUAGAGUCACUGAAUGGUUUUGCAUUGGUGGUGAGUGCAGACGGAAUGAUAUUUUAUGCAUCAUCAACGAUUGUGGACUACCUAGGGUUUCAUCAGACUGAUGUAAUGCACCAAAACAUAUAUGAUUACAUUCAUGUUGACGAUCGCCAGGAUUUCUGUAGACAACUGCACUGGGCCAUGAAUCCACCUCAGAUGUCUGGACAGCAACUACAGACAGAAACAGGAGAAGAAUAUAUUCUCAGUAAAUUGUUUAAAGCACAAGAGAAUGACAGCACAACAACAGAUUAUUCUUCCUUCUUAACUCGUUGUUUCAUCUGUCGAGUUCGCUGCUUGUUGGACAGUACCUCUGGCUUCCUUACAAUGCAGUUUCAAGGCAAACUGAAGUUUCUUUUUGGACAGAGGAAGAAGUCCUCAUCAGGAGCAGUAUUACCACCUCAGCUGUCCUUAUUCUGCAUAGUGGUACCACUACUUCUCCCUUCUGUGACAGAGAUGAAGAUGAAAAGCCUACUUGUGAAAACAAAACACAAAGCUGAUGAUGCAACAGUGAAUACAAACUCCAGUUCCAAAGGUAAUUCAGGUCUGUGUGAAGCAGCAGAAUUAUAUGGAAGAAAUAGUCACCAUGAAGGUGCAACUUUUGCUAAUGUAUUACAGAUUACUGAAAACCAAUUCAAAGCGAAGAAUAAUGGAGAAAAUGGCAUUUCUCUAGUCAAAGUACAAACAAAUGAAGAUCACUGGGUCUGGGUUCAAGCUAACACUCAACUUCUGUAUCGAAGUGGUUGUUCAGAAUAUGUUGUUGCCCAACAGCAAAUGCUAAAGGAAGAAGAUGAACAACUGAAGAUACCGAACAGUUUUGCCAGUUUGAAGGGAAACCUGGAAGGACUUUCCUACAACAGUGCCAUUGAAACUCUGGGCCAACUGAAGCAUCUCAACUGGACAGCAGUAAAAAAUGAGCAAGAUAAUGUAAAAGUGAAGUUUGAGCCUCAUACAAAUGGUGAGUGUUUUGUGCAGGAGGAAUCUCUCAGUUCUAAUACACCAAUUUUAGGCAUUCAAAACAACUGCACCACAAACAGUAGCUGGACUUUCAGAAACUCAAGCUCUUGUUCUAUAAAUCAGCGAAUGAAUGCAUGUUCAAACAGAAGAGCUGGAUCAUUCUACAACAGAGACCAAAGUUUCUUAAAUUUAGCAUCAACUUGUCCUUCCCACUGGGGUAGUGCAGAAAAUUGUCAGUCUUACUCAGGCUUACAACAACGUGCUGUGGAGAACUAUACUACAGACCACCUGAAACUGCAGAGAUCGCUAAUAUCCUCGGAGUCUCUCUAUGAUGCAUCGUUUCCCUUGGAUAUGCCUAUCAAAACAGAAUAUGAUUCUGAUUCUGAAAACAUUGCUGAUAACUACCCAAUGCCACAAAACCGAGCCUGGCUGGAUGAGAACAGCACCCUGAGGAAGCAGUUGUUCAGCUAUCCCAAUAGGGUGCACCUUAAAGCAGAACCGGACCUCUGUCAGCAAGCUUCACCUUGCCAGAAGCCAAGGCACUGCCUUUACACACCACAUAACUGGCAGUGCAUUGUAGCAAAUCAUCCCAGCAACCUCAAUCUGAACAGAUCUUGCAAGGGUUUGCGUAACAGAGAGGUGUCCCCUUUUUGCCCCCAGAACUCCUCCGCCUGCUUUGAAAGCUUGCCUGACCUGCCGCACGCUGAGGGCUAUGGCCAGUUCUACAGCCCUGCUCCGGGGGAGAAGGAGCAGAGUAAUGAGCUGUUUAAAAUGCCAUGUGAAUUUAAAAACCCUUGCUUGGUUCAAGCAAUCAAGCGCGAGCCCCUGGAUUCCCCACCGUUGUCCAACAUUGGACAGAACACAGCACACAUGAGCUUCCCUGAAAAUACAACAGCAGGUCCUGUGCCUCAUAAAGCCACUGAAUGUACAUUCUUACAAUAGAUUUUGUAGCAUUGGGAAUAUUUAUAAUGUUGAAAACAAGAAGAAAUUGUAGCUUCACUUCCAGUUGGGUUAAAUGAGUUACUAAAAUUAAAAAACAGUGGAAAGAUGUUAAGUGUGUGUGUGUGCGUGUACUUCUGUGUGUGGAACAAAACAGACACAGAUGCACACUCACUCCCACACAUGCCUUUAAACACAGCCAUUCUCUUAGUGAUCUUUGGAAAGAAUGAAAGACGAAACCUCAGAUACAGAAAAAUUAUUGCACAGGUGUACCUGCUAAUGUGUCUUCAUCAUUUUUCCUCUCAUGUCUGCAGUUCUGUAACAAGGUGUAGCUAUUUCUGAUUUUUGCCUUUGCUUUUUUUUCUCAAGCUGAUGUGAUGCCUCUGUGAAAAGACAAAAUGUUUAUGGUGUUCAGUGUGGCCAGGAGUUUACCUUUGGUGUUAUUCAUUUUUAUUUUUAGCCACUCUAAUAAGUAUCAGCUAUUCCUUUUUCUCAAUAUUGAAUUAAUGACAACAGGCAAGGGCUUCCCAAACACACAGAGUAUUCUUGAUUUAAAUGGACAGCAUUAAUUUAAAACAAAUAGCAUUCACAAAAUGCAUUACAAAUUAUUGCACUUCAAAUAGUUUUUUUUCCACAUGUUUUCUACACAAUAAUAAUGCUUUAAUACAUAUUUUCCAUUUUAAAGCCAUUUGUCUUUUAUGUUGCUGUUUGAAAAACUGAACAAUAGGAUGUUAUCCACUUCUUUAAGUGAGUUACAAAAGGCUUUUAAAUGUACAUGAGAAGAAAAUAUUUCACCAGUUAUCUUCCCUGCUCUUGUAACAUUAACAAAAGAAAUGCACUUUUAAAUGUGAUGGUAUCUCUUUGACUGAUAGCAGCUUGUUGGUCAUUGUCAUCUGACAGCAAAAAUCAAAUCCCAAAUAAGAUUAGAAACAUUUUUUUUAAAAGCAUCUUCAUUUCAUCUUCUAAAGAAAAUUUUAAUCUCACUGAGAGACGACUAGAUUUAUGACUUUCAAAAGCACUUUGGUGCACUUCUGUGCUUUUGAAAACAGAUCCAUAUGCUUUCUUUUGAAGCCAGAUAGUCACGUAUUUCCACUUUAAAAAACAAUCUACAACUUCAGUUUUGGUUGUUGUAGUUUGACUCCUGCACUAAUUUUGUUUUAAAAUUGCACUAUUUCAACUUUAUAUCACCUUCAACUAUAGAAAACCCAUAUCAUUAAAAAAAAACACAACUAGAUGUAUAUGUGCUUUUUUUAAAGAAGUCCUAUAGUGAAUGUUUUCUUUUUCAAAAUGUUAUAAAUAUUUCUGAUGUCUUCAUUCCUUCUAGCUACUGUGGGCAUGGCUGUACACAUGCCAGUGAAGUGGCAUAAAUUUCUCCCUAAUGCUGUAAGUGGCGUAAGUGCAGUUUUCAGGUAGGGGAAUAGUUUUGCACAGGGAGUGGCACCUGGGAGGCCUCUUCUCCAAGUCUGGUAGAAGUUACUGCCUGCACAUUAGAGUUGGCAGAAGUAAACACGUGCAUUCUUUGCAUGUCAGUUCAGCUUAUGAACAAUGAUUUGAUCAAUGGUUUGCUGCACUUUACACAGAAAUAAAACUUUUGAUGAUUGUCCUGCAUAAGGACAUGUUCCCCACAGAAAGACAAGAAUGGAUAAGAAGGGCAAUAAUGUCUUUCUGCAGCUCAAGUUAAUUCUGCCAUAGUCCAGCUGACCUAACUCAAGCAAUAGAACAUCUCAUUUUUUUGGCAUCUGAGAUCUAUCAGUUCCCUGCUAACUACACACUGUCCCUUACUUGAGAUAGUCUUCAUAUCUUUGCCUUAACACUUUCACCAGUGGGUACAAUGCAACAUCAGACCCAAUUCAGACAUGAAACUGUAAUGGUGGAUUUUACUCCACAGUCUAGUAUAUCAUUGUUCAUCUCACAUAAAGCUAAGCCCAAUCAGUCAAAUUGAUCUUGGUAUUCGAGUGAGACUGUGAGAAAUCAGCAGAGCUGCACAAAGUCUGUCCCACUGAUUCACUAUAUACAAAAACAAGAGCAGAAAUGGGGUAUUGUAGAGAUAGGGCAAUGUGGAGCAAGUGGAGGACAUGUUGGCAUGACUGCCAGAAAGCUAUUUGUUUAACUCCACUCUUGGACUCACCGUGAUACUCCUCCAAAUGAGACUACCCAGGCCUGCCUGGUUCAGCACUACUUUACAUCUUCUCUUAUCAUUUGUAUUAGUGCAAUGUGACCAUAAAACACUACUAUCCACAUCUGGAAAUGUUGAUGCCAUUUUGCACAGAUGUAAAUGGUCACAACAGGGGCAAUGUUGCAGAGCACUGUGCCUCCAAGUGCCUUGUCUGUGACAAAUAUUUCAUGGCAUAACUGCAGAGGCAGAAUUAUAUUAUCCCAACAGAAGUUCUCUAAACUGAUGUAGAAUGAAGUCUAUUUUGUUGACUUAUCUUAAUUUAAAGCUCUUUUCGUCUAUUUCAGCAGAGAAGACUUUUCUCAGGCUCCCAACAAAUCCAGUCAUAUUUUAGCCAUCUUAACAGAUAUUGUAAGAAUUGGUUAAAAUUCUGCAUGUAGGAAAAUCUAAUCUGAUACAAGAAUGGCCUUCUUCUCAGAGGAUGAGUUAAGGUGUCACUUCAAAUGAGAUGUCACCUCCUAACUCCUCCCUAUGCAAAUAUGAUUAGAUUUCCUUCCUUAUUGUUCCAUAAAGUCUAAAUCCAUUAAAAAUACAGGGUAAUUUACACUUAGGCCAUAUAUCAGGUUUGAUUUUAGCCACUUAGCUUGUGGCCAAGUUGUUACUGCCAGGCUCACAUAAAAAAAAACGUUAUCAAUGGAGUCUGUUUUGGGAAAAGUUAUCACAUAUGCAGCAGUCUCCUAUGAAAUGCACUUAUUAAGAGAUGGGCAACUUAUCGUACUUUUCAACAACUGCUGGCCACUGUUGAUAGUAAGAAAAAAAAGGUCACUUUUGUUUAAGAACUUUGCAGAUUGCACUAUUUGGGAAAAUAAAUGCUGAAAACCAAUCUCUUCAUAUCUGUUUUUCAAGACCAGGUAUCUGUCCUUCAUCCCCUCUGGACUAAAAUCUGACAUUGCAUUGUACCCUGUUAAAUUACCAGUGAUUUAAUGUUAUAAAACCUUUUUGUAUGCAGGCAUUAAUGAUCCCAUGGCAGAGGAAAAAGACAGGGCAGUUGCUUUAAAUUGUUACUUUCUCUUUGUAGUGGUCGCUGUUUUAGUAUUAUUGGUACUACUUUAAAAACUACCGUUUAGAAAAGAAGAGUUUAAGAUGCUUCCAGUCAGUGAUGUUUGGCUUUUAUUCUCAGUAAGUUUGUAUUUAUAUCCUCCAAGCACAGCCCUAAGAUCUGUUUUAGGAGCCUCUCAGUGUAUUUAUUGUAACAAGAAAAAAAUUCCUCUCAUAGAAGAAAUGCCCAAUGAAAUGGUUGUGUGCUACAAACAUGGAGUAUUCAAGCUGAAAGAAAUGCAUUUCUUUUUCCAGUGUGGAUGCAAUGCUUUCUAAGACCUGACUGACAAUAGCAUUCAAACUUUCUCAGCUGUAAAUUCUUCAGAGGCAGAACAAACUUCUUAAUUCUGGUAUUCAGAGGCUUGGUGGUUUGUUUUCUUGGAUUUGUGUGUGUGCAAUUUUUUUUGUGUGUGUUUUUUGUAGUUGUCUGAGAGUGCAUUUGCCUCUGAGAUGUUACUUAGCCCACAGACACCAGUGAUUAUUAUCAGUGCUAAAGCUGUUGCCUUCACUGUGAAUUUGGCCUCAUUUAGCUGUUAGUGGACAGCUGCACAGAAUCUUACAAAUACUGGUCCAAUUAAAGCGUAUCACUUAAACCCCUUGUUUUUACCUAAAAACCAGCCUGAUUUGAGCUAAGGGUAAACGUGUACCAUAGAGUGGAUUUUUUUGGCUAUUCUAAGGUUUGCCAGGAUGCAGUUAAGACCAGUGGCUGAAACUGGGGCAGACCUUCACUGUAGGUAACAACUAUCGAUAAUUUAUAUUUAAUCCAGACUCUUGGGAUACCAAAACAGAACUUUGUUUUGAGAAUCUAAAGAGAGAGCAAUGUGUGUGCAAGGGAUGACCUCGUUUCAGUUGGUCCACAGUCUGGAGAUUUAACUAGUGAAAUAGAAGAGCAAACAGCUAUACCUAAAUUUUUUGUAGGACAGACUGACUUCCUAGUACUUGAUUAUAAUGUGUUAAUGUUUUCAUUGCCCUUAAUUAGAUGACACUGAUAUAUUCUUGAAAUCCUUAGAACUGAGUCUCAGUGUCCUCUGGAUGGCUUAGGGAGGUCUGACAUUUGUAUGUCACCAGUUCAGAAUGACUUCUUGUUAUGAUCCUUGAUAUAGUAUUAACAUUGACAGGGCAUGUGCAAUUCUCCUGGAAAUUCCCAAUACUUAAAAUACUUACGUGGAAAGCAUCCAGCCUGAGGCAAGGAAUAGUCUGUGGGAUAGAAUCAGCUUCUGCUUCCUGGAAGCCCUGCUUAACUCUUUCUGUUGAAGCCAUAUUGGAACUUAAGUAGAACAACACCACACAGGGAAUUUAUUUCAUAAAAGCCA